ACAGAGAAACCUCUGGGCUUGUGGGGCUGUGUGGGCUAAGAACAAACUUGGGGGAAAUAACUGAUCUCUUCACAAGACCCGGCAUUCUAGGAAGGGAAAAAGGGAGCCAGUUUCGGGAAGCCUGGCCCCCUGCCAAGCCCUGAGCCGCGUUUGACCGGCAGCACUUGCAAGCUCAGCGAGCUCUGUCAGCACAGAGCGGGACGGGCGAAAACCACCCCGACCCCGGGGCCGCCCGUGCCGCCUCACUUCUCCUAUUUUCCGGCUCAAAUAGGGAGACGCUUCCGGUGCCAGGGUGGGGCCGGCAUGGCUGCGUGGGCGGCCCUGCUGCUGGCGGUGCUGCUGGUGACCCACCGCCCCGGGGACGCAGCUCUCCUAGAAGCCAAUGGCAACCUGAGCUGCCGCUGCCGCAAAACCACCAGAGCCUUCAUCCCCCCGGAGAAAUACCACAGCAUCGAGGUCCGGCCCGUGGGGAGCAGCUGCCAGCGCCUCGAGGUGGUGAUUAAGCUGAAAUCCCUGCAGACGGUCUGCCUGGAUCCUGACACCCCUUGGGUGAAGAAACUCUUGCAGUACCUCCCUCAGCUGAGGAAGAAAGAGCGUCCCCGCUGAGGAAGCUGCCACGGGAGGGAUGGCCAGAUGUGCUGGACCCAGAACUGCCCCCCCUCCCCAUCCUGCUGCCACUUUACCCCAGUCCAGAGGGGGAGCGUCCUCCCGCCUGAUCCCCUGAGACCCUUUUCCCUCGACAUUUUAUGCCUUUAAACCCUUGACCAUGCCAGUCCCUGUCUCCCUCCCCUCCCACCCCGUGGCCAUGCGCUGGGGGUCCUUUCUGAGCACAACCCAACAGGCCCAAUAAAGGUGGCAGCCCGAGGUUACCGUCCCUUGCA